UCAGGAUAUACACACACACACCCCAAGCAUUUAUAGGAAACAGCAAAAGACAUGGCAAUGAGAGCGCUUGCCUUACUGGCCGUCAUCGGCCUUGUUGCCGGCGACGGACUGCGUCUGCCAGACCAGCAGUCGUCCAACAACAUACAGCAGAUAUAUGCGCCGCAGCCGCAACAACAGCAACAUCAGCAGCAGACGCUGCAGUUUCAACAAUCGCAACCGCAACAGGCCGGCCAGCCGGGUGUAGGCGAGGAGCGAGGACGCUCCUCCAUUCUGAGCAUCUUCGGGCUGGGCAAUGACAAUGAUCCCUAUUUGGCACGCACGAACAGCAACUGCUUGGGUGGCGAUCUUUCCGAGUGCUUCAAGACCCAGGCACUCAACACAUUCGAUGAGAUUUUCUACAAGGAUCAGUAUCGUCUCUCCGACUUUGCACGAGUUGUGCGUCUGCCGGAGACUCAGCAACGUUCACUGCUGCAGGAGCCUUUUGAGUACUCCGAGGAACCUCGCUCCGAAGACGACGACUGGAAUCUGCUCGUGAAAUAUGCCCUUCGUCGUGCCGAACGCUUCAUCAAGUCAACUGCUUUGGAGGUGGAGUGGCCAGAGGAGCUAACUGAGGCGGGUCGCUAUGAGGCACGCUUCAUAGGCAAUGACAUCGAUAGUGAAUUGGAUGUUGUGGAAAACCAGCGUGCCGGACACUUCUCACGCAAGAAGCUUAAGAAGCUCGUACUUCCGCUAUUGUUGGUGCUGAAGAUCUUCAAGCUGAAGCUGCUGCUCUUCCUGCCCUUCAUUCUGGGUAUUGCGGGUCUCAAGAAGAUACUUGGCUUGGCUGCCAUCAUUCUGCCCGGACUCUUUGCCUACUUCAAGCUGUGCCGUCCACCAGGCGGCAUUGGCGGUGCCUUUGGCGGUGGCCUGUCUGGCCUCUUUGGUAGCAAGAACACCUUCCCCGAGUACACGCCCCAAGGCGUAGGCGCUGCCACCUACUAUCAUCAUCAUGAGCACUACGAGGGCGGUCAAGGCGGUCAUGGAGGACCUUACUAUCGUCAGGAGCCAACCUUUGCCAAACCCUACAGCGACUACUACAGCAAAAGCAAUCUGGGCCAGCCCCAGCCGCAAGUAGGUGGCAACUCUAUUAGCUUCGGCGAUGCACAGGAAGCAGCCUACAAUGGUUACUACGGCCGUAACACUGGCAAGGACAUUGCUGCCGAGUCGCCGACACAGCAGCAAAAGAGUUAAGGAUGAAGGUCAACACUAGUCGUACCAUGCUAGGUCUUUGUUAUUGCAUUCCUAUAAGCAUAUUUAUUUCGCUAACUGUAAAUAAAAGCUCAAUGUUAAGUUCAAA